AUGGAUGAACCCACGCAGGAGCUCACUCAGGACAGAGAAAAGGCCAUGCCUGAGGGAAGCUUUGUUGGUGAGGAAGAGCAAAGCUCGCUUGCGGUUCUCGUGGGCUCGCUUGGUAUGCAAUGCCGCUGGGCUCUCCCCAAAGAUGGAAAGCGCCUGUGGAAGUUUGGCCGUUCAGCCGAGAGCGAUUUCCAACUGGAUCCCGCUAGAAGACGUCUCAGCAAUCAACAUUUUGAGAUUUGGGCUACGGAAGAUGAACCCCCAACUUUAAUGAUCAGAGAUGUCUCUACCAAUGGCACCUUCAUCAACAAUGUGCGCAUGACCAAAAAGCGCAACUAUAUGCUAGUCAAUGGCGAUGUGAUUGGAGUUGGCAUCGGCGUUCCUGUAGACGAAGUCAAAUUUAUUGUUUCGAUUGCCACUGCAAACCGCAAUGUGGCAAUCAAUGGAAUCCAUGCUCAGUACGAGUUUGCAGAGACUAUUGGACAAGGUGCCUUUGCUUUGGUCCGUGUUGCGAUAAACCGUGAAACAGGUAAAAAGUUUGCCGUCAAAAUUAUCAACAAGUCCAAAAUAACAGGCGGUAUCGCUGUUCACCGGGAGAUCGAGAUUCUCAAGGCGUUGCAAAACCCCUAUAUUGUUUGCCUACACGACUUUUUCGAGGACGAAGCCCACUACUAUCUUAUUAUGGACUACGUUGCUCAUGGUGAUUUGAUGGACUAUGUUUCUGAGAAUGGCGCAAUUCCAGAGGAUGCGUCGGCUGAAAUUAUCCGCCAGGUGUUGACUGCAGUCCAUCAUGUUCAUCGUAUGGGCAUUUCACAUCGAGAUCUCAAGCCAGACAACAUUCUUAUCGCUCAAACGGACCCGAUUGUUGUGAAAGUUGCUGACUUUGGCUUGGCAAAGAUCUCGAGCCAAGGAACUUUCUUAAAAACAUUUUGCGGAACAUUAUCGUACCUGGCACCUGAGGUUUUAGCAUCGCGCAAUGGUGCUGGUGCAGCUAAAUAUUCUCGGCUGGUGGACAUUUGGAGUAUUGGUUGCCUCGCAUAUGUUAUUUUGACCGGAUAUCUACCGUUUUCAGGAAACACCCAGGAAGAACUUUAUCGCAGUGUCAUGAGCGGCCAGUUCAACAUGGAGCCCCUAAAGCAACUUAACGUCUCUAAAGAGGCCCUAGACUUUUUAUCUUUGAUGCUCACAGUUGACCCAAAUCACAGACCCGACGCUUACAAGGCCCUACAGCACCCUUGGGUAACUACGAUUGGUGCUCGGUAUGACCCCAUUCCAGUUUCUUCAGUUUGCGAAAUCGAUGGUAUGUCAAGUCUCCAUUUACAGUCUUCCCAACAUGUUUCUGAGUUGAAGGCUGAACAAGAGGCGCGACAGCAGGAGUCCAAGCGACAAGACGCUACGAAUGGUGUACCUUCACUCGAAGAGGCAGGCAAUCACAGUGAAAGCGAUCAUGGGGAUAGCGAUAGUGAUGACCAGCAAUCUAGAAUCAAGGCUGAUAUUAUGGCAUCUCAAGGACACAUGUCGUUUGGCGUCCGUGAUUUGAACUUUGACGGUCUGGACGAAGCAGACAAACCCCAGGGAGCCUGGAUCAAACUAGCAACCCUACCGGAAAGUUUACCUUGUAAGGAUGUUUUUGCCAGUAGUGACAGCUUGACGCUGGGCCGCGUACGCUCUUCCAUCAAUGACGUAGUGAUUCCAGACAACCGCCUUUCAGCUGUACACUGGAGGAUUGAGCGCAAGCUACACGACGGAAAAUAUACGAUCUGGUUAAAUAACUACAGUGCCAAGUCGUUUAUUAACGGUGUGGAAGUACAUCGUAAUGUUAGGACACAGUUACACGAUGGAGCUUUGCUUGUAGCAUUUGUUGAUACCGAUGGUUCGCAUCUGGGAUUUCGAGUCCACUUCUUGGACAAGGAAAACUACGACUACAAGCGUACGCCUGAACGCAAAGACUACCCUAUUCCAGAAAACGAGAUUCCUCGAAUUACUGCGGCCGCCGUUCCGCCCACGACCGCCAAACGGGCAUUUUCAGGGAUGGGUCUGAAGCAACUCAGUGUACGGAGAAAAGUAGCUUAG